AUGUCAGAUGGGAAACUACUGUUGGGGCUAGUGAUUUACUCUGCAGUUAAACCAAUUUUCAAGAUUUAUUUUAUCAUCGCAUUAGGAUUCCUUCUAGCCAAGCGAAAUAUUCUUAGUGUUGCAACAUGUAGAGAUUUAUCUGAUACUGUUGUUAGUGCAAUUAUGCCAUGUUUGGUGUUUACUAAUAUUGUUUCAUAUUUAAAAUCCUCAGAUAUUAAAUUCAUUGGGAUCAUUUUUUUCACCGGGACAUUAUUAUUUUUGGUAGGUGGGCUUAUUGCAUACUUGAUUUAUAUUACUACCAAAGCACCUAAAAGAUGGAUGGGAGGUUUGAUUUCAGUAGGGAUCUUCCCAAAUAUCAGUGAUUUACCAAUUGCAUAUUUACAAACCUUUGCCAAGGGAGGUGUUAUUCUUACUUCCGCACAAGGGGAAAAGGGUGUUGCCUAUGUGUGUAUCUAUUUAAUGGUGAUGGUUAUGUACCAAUUUUCAUUGGGAUUAUUCCGUCUUAUUGAAUAUGAUUUUAGGGACGAGCUUCUAGAUAAAACAGAUGAAGAAGAGAAAAUUUGCACGGAUUCCGAGGGUAGUGAGAGACAUCCAGAUGUAUCAAAUGCAAGUGCUGCUUCUUCAGAAAAGAAAGCUUCCCCUCAUGAUACUAUUGACCAACGUGUGUGUGAACAAAACCAUAGUAACUCCGAUAUUGACAACGAACUUGAUGAUGAUGAUGAUGAUGAUGAUGAUGAUGAUGUUGAUGACAUCGAAGAGGAUGAAGAUUCAUCAAUGAGUAGCAGGGCUGUUGCUUCCGAUAGAUCAUUGGAUUCACAAGAGGAUCAUCAACAUGAAGCAUUUUUAAGAGCAAGAGCUAAAGAGGGACGCCAACAAUCACGUAGCCCAAUCAACCCAGAAGGCUCGGAAUUGAGACCUAGAACAUCAUAUUCAUCAGAAAAUAGCGCUCCAUACAGUUUACAUCUGGUUGUGUCAAGAGCAAGUGAUCUUCGAAGACAACAAUCCCAAACAGUGAGAGAUGUCAUUAACGAGUAUUCUGAAUUUGAUGCCUUGAGAAGUAAUGAAGUUAAAAGAACAAGAACUGCUACAUCUGAACUUGCAGUUGAACCAAAGGGAGAAGAGGAAACAUCUAAAGUGAAAGCUUACUUGAAGCAAUUAAUGAAAAAUAUCACCACUCCAAACUCACUUGCGUUGAUUAUAUCUAUAGCUAUUGCCAUGGCUCCACCAUUAAAGGCAUUAUUUAUUAAAACCAGUUUUUAUAUGCCAAAUGCACCAGAUGAAUUACCACCAUUAUCAUUUAUUCUAGACUUCACAAGUUAUGUUGGUGCUGCUUCAGUUCCAAUUGGUUUGCUUUUAUUAGGAACAACUUUAGCUAGAUUGCAAGUUGAUAAGAUGCCACCUGGUUUUUGGAAGACGGCAUUGUUGAUAACCAUUGCAAGAUUAGUUAUUCUUCCUAUUUUUGGUGUUGGUUUAACCACUGGUUUCUACCGUGGAGGAUGGUAUGGUGAUGACUUUUUGGUUAGAUUUGUCAGUGUUUUAGAGUUUGGAUUACCCAAUGCCACAUCAUUAGUUUAUUUUACUGCAUUUUAUACCGACCCUGCUGCUGAAGAGCAUUUACAAAUGGAUUGUUUGGCCAUUUGUUUGAUUUGUCAGUAUGCCGUGUUGUGGAUUUCUUUACCAUUUUUAACCACAUUUACCUUAAAAGUUUCAUUGGGAUUAUAA